AGUUGCUUGCAAUGUCCAGGGCCUGCUAGACAAACUACAGGACAGUAACGGUCUUUUGGAUAAGAUCAACAAGGGAUUGAACGCUUACUUAGAAAAGAAACGUCUUUUCUUCCCAAGGUAUUAAAUAUAAACUAAUCGAUAAUAUUUACUGCUUAGCAAAGCAGGAAAUCAAGUUAAUUUACUUGAAUCAAUAAAGAAACUCCCCAUUCUUUAACCAACUUGUUAAAGUUCCAUUAAAAUUUACAUUUUUUUUUUAUGCGAUUAGGUUCUUUUUCUUGUCAAACGACGAAAUGUUGGAGAUUUUGUCUGAGACCAAAGACCCAACAAGAGUUCAGCCGCAUCUCAAGAAAUGCUUUGAGGGCAUUGCCAAGUUGGAGUUUGACAACAAGCUGGAUAUUCAUGCCAUGUUUAGUAGUGAAGGGGAGAAAAUCAAACUGAGC